GCCGUUCGGGGAAAACUGGAAAAAAGUCAUCCGUACGAUUUCCGCCCGAUCUGUCAAAACGUCGGCGACUGUGUACGUGGUGGUCGCCGCGGCGACGACCGCCACGGUGUGAAAGGGAAUGUUGCCGCGUGUCGGCUUAAUUCACGGGUAGACAAUUAUUAUUGUCUAGGUGUGUAGUUCAGCGGGGACGGAAUGCGGGCAAGCAAGUGCGGUACAGACGGAAGGUAUCCUAGUUGUUCGUGCGUGUGUGUGUGUGUGUGUGUGUGUGUGUGUGUGUGUGUUGUGUGUGUGUGUGUGAGAGAGAGAGAGAGAGAGAGAGAGAGAGAGACGUGCGCAACGACCGCCACUGAUUGGUCAUUCGAUUGAAAGGACAAGCAUGUCUACGGAAAGAAGGUCAGACGCCAGAAACCCUGCAUGCCGUGAAGAUGCAAUGAGAGGAUGCGACUCUCCGACCACGGACUCGGGAGAGCCAGCAUGGACUCCAGCGUUUCAUUGUAUCAUACUGCCAAUUUCUUUAUCGUGGCGAACUUGCUGUGGUUUUCGCUUGUUGCUGGUGGUGGUCGGUUGUGGUGUGGUAGAACGCAAGGACGCGGCCCGUGAGUUGAACUAGUCGAACUAACUUUUACUGUCGUGGAAGGAUUCGCGGCUGGGUUUCCCGGUCCCCAAAUGGAGGUGGAGGUUAGAGAAAGCCAGGGGAAGCAGGAAGAUGUUUGGCAACGCUAUAGCGUCCGGUGUCUACAGACUGCAUCGGAAAUGCUGCACUUCUCAAACGUGGAAUCAGUUGGCAAGUGAGGCCAACAUCAACAUGCACAACUUCCCGUCAUUUAGUAAGAAGGCCCUAGACUUGGAAGCAAAGAUAGGGCAUGGACAGACACCUACGACGGAUGGUAGGAAAAAGUCACUGCCUCCCAACUGGAAAGCGAAGGGAUGCAUCAUGUUCGUUGACAACGAUGGUUCCACCAUCGAAUUGGAUGACGACUUCCAGACGGGAGUAGGUUCAGAGGCGGACAACGUAGAAGCUUUAGGGGGUGGAGUAGUCGCUGCCGUAGCUCAAAAAGGUAAGGCGACCGGAAGACGCCGAGGAGGUUCCCGGUCUAGGAGUCAAGUUGACCCCAAUGCUCCUCCAUGGGAGAAAGUGGGUCUUAGUGAGGACGUGUGGAGAGAUCGGUACACGCGGCAGGCUUGUAUCCGUUGUGGCCAAUAUGGCCAUAACCAGUUCAAGUGUCGCAAUAAGAAGGUGACUGAGAAGAUCCCGCCUACGACGGGGCAGGCGUUGGGAUCCUCUUCUCCCGUUGGCGUGGUAAUCAACAAAGGGGACAAGAAUCAGGAGCAGGGGCCCAGGCCUCAAGAGCAAAUGUCGGAGAGCAAGCUCAACGGUCUGCUCCGCGAUAUUCUAGCCACUUGCUCCCCGUCCUCCCUCGCCUACAUUCAAGUUCAAGAUGGCUUCCAGCAGGUUCAACAUGGCAGGGUCUCGGCUUACAACAAUGUUCGCUUCAAUCCGCUGGUUUCCCCCGUGAUCAUUCCAGCUGAUUAUCUGUUUCGCCACAAAACUUAUGGUGAUGGCGGUAUAGAGAAGGUGAGGCUUCGAGCGAGGGAGAAAGAAGGGAUUCCGGCUCCUGGUUGUCCCACUCAGAGGUCAGAGCUCGGGCUGAUGUCGAUGGAACAGGACACCGGGGCACUGCCACGACGCAGUGCCAGGCUCGCAGUUCAUAGCCACUCUGUAGUACCUCCACGAACCAAGUAUCAGCAACAGCGACUCAGCAGGCGAACGACUCCAGCGGCAUCGAGUACAGCAACUGCAGUACCGGUUACCACCGGGGCUCUUCCCGCAUGUCCGGUCCAAAGGGACCACGAGCCGUUGUCAGAUUGCCUUCAGCGGGUACAGGCAUUUACGGAUGCUGUCGCUACCGCUAAAGCAGAGCAGGAGGCAGCAGAGGCGGAACGUCAGCGGCUGGCCAAUGAGGCGGCAGCCCAAGCUCAGCGGACUGCUGAGUCUGACGCAACAGCUCGAGACAGACGGAAUGCCGCCAGCACUGAGUCCCUGAUUCGAAAUGAGAAUCAGUGGACAAUGCUACUCCAAGGCAUGAUCUUUGUGCCUACGGAUGCACGGGCGGAUCCAACACUGGUACAGCUGCUCACGGACCGACAGCACAGACAAAAGCAGCAACAAGACACUGCCGCCUUAGCAGCUGCCGUCCACGCCACAGCAACACAGCAGCAGCAACAGCAACAGCUGUUGAACUCCACUCUCACACGUGUCAACAGCAUCGAGGCUCAGGCCUCAGCAGCGCCAGGCUGCACGACAGACACGGCGAAGCAGCUUAGGGAGCGCAUCGACCAUGUCGUCAUUAUUAUCGGCGAACUGGGUGACUUCACUAGUCCGGCCACAAUCAGCAGCACGGUGGCCGCCCUCAAGACGGACAUCACCAAACUGCAGUCACGCUCGGACGCCGCUAAAAAGGCAUACAAGAUGUCGCGCUUCAACAUCGGCAAGUUUGACGACUACAACAAGACAGACACCUUGACAUGGUGGCAAAGCUUCCUCACCGAAGCAUCCUGCCACACUGCUGCCAUGAACGAGGUCUACACCAGCUCACAAGGGAACAUGCCAACUCGAGACUGGACGAUUAAGUGGCAGAAGAUAGUAACCACUCCAGGCUUCGAGUCGAGUUUUCCAAACCAACGAUCCGAAUUCUUUUCGCGAUCGUGCGCAGGACUGCGGUUGGCACUCGGCAACGAGUACGACUAUGCCUCAUUCCAAGCUAUUCUGGAUCGUGCGAACCUGGUCAUCCAAACGGAUGACAAGGCCGCUAACGAACGGCAGUCCCAGCCGCACUAUGUGGCUAAGCAGGGCUACCAACGACCGGCACAUAACAAUGCCGUGAUUCCUGACGAAUCAAUCGAUCUCCACGCUGCAGCAACAUCCUCGAGUGAUGGAGGAGUUGUCGCAGCACUCCCGCCGAAGCGUCCCAAGAGAGUUCGGAAGAACAAGGCGACACAAGCGACGACAUCGACGGGAACUGGGCAGCAACCAUGGACGGCGUACAACAUAACCAAGGAAGUAUUGGACCUUCGUCAACGGUACGGAUAUUGCCUAUGGUGCAAUAGUGUAAACCACACUACAGCACAAUGCUUGGACAAGGGCAAGGCACGCGUACCCCCCAAGUACAAAGCAAACCGCGACAAGUGCGAAUUCGCCAAGCAAGAGCUUGAGUACGUGGGCCAUUAUGUGACGCCGAAAGGCAUUCGUACCUUACCGGACAAGAUCCAAGCCAUCGUGGAUUGGCCAGAACCCCGUUGCACGACGAACGUACGCUCUUUCAUGGGUUUGGCUGGAUACUAUCAGCGCUUCGUCGAGUCUUACUCCAAAGUGGCAGCUCCUUUGUCGAGACUUCAGUCCCCGAAGGUACCAUUGGAGUUCGACGACGCAGCUCGUGGCGUGUUCAAUGCGUUGAAGGUGGCGAUGCAAGACGCACCGGUCCUCCGUAUCUAUGAUCCCACCCUACCCACCCAAGUGACUACGGACGCUUCCGGGUACGGUAUUGGUGCGGUAUUGGAACAAUGCCACAUGGAUGGUUGGCACUCGGUCGAGUACUUCUCCCAAAAAGUGCCUCCCAUCAACACUCUCGACGACGCUAGGAAGAAAGAGCUACUCGCGUUCCUCACCAUUCUCAAACGGAGGCGCCACUUUCUUCUCGGUCGUCGGCGUUUUAGAUGGAACACGGACAACAAUUCGUUGACCUUCUACAAAACGCAGGGCACGGUCACUAGCACGAUCGGUCGAUGGAUGUAUUACAUCGACCAGUUCGACUUUGAGCCGUGCCACAUUCCCGGUCCCGCCAAUCGAGCAGCGGACGCCCUCUCACGACGGUCCGAUCUUUGUGCCCUUGUGACCACGACGUUCGACCUCAACGACGAUCUGCAGCAACAUUUCGUCAACGGCUACAAGUCCGAUCCGACGUACUCUACGCUUUAUGCGGACCUAUCAUCGGAUAACCCGCCGGCUGGUCAUUAUCACCCGUUCCCCUGCGAUCGCCUCGACCAUGACGGCAUUCUCACGGUCGUUGACCGUUUGAGCAAGUACACUCGUUUUCUUCCAUGCAAGUAUCGCGCUACAGUUCCCGAGCUCACCCAACUCUUGCACACCGGCUGGAUUACAUGCCACGGUGUUCCGGAAGAUAUUGUGAGCGACAGAGACACUCGCUUCAUGUCUGCGUUUUCGACUUCCCUCAUGACGGAUUCCGGUUCGACUAUGAAGCCGAGUUCCGCACGGCACCCGCGCACGGAUGGACAGUCGGAACGAGCGCAUCAAACCGCUCAAAUGAUGUUACGUACACUCAUCCGUCCCGACCAGAAAGAUUGGGUUGACCGGCUUCCCGACAUCGAGUUCGCCUAUAACACUUCGRUGCACCCGGUGAUCUGCAUCACUCCAUUCGAGUUGCAUCACGGUGGAGAGAAAGCCCGAGUCUUUGCCGAUCUUCUUCUACCACGGGCCGCCGACGUAGACGUCGCUUGCUCUCCCGCUUCCGUUCGGAAGUAUCGGGACUUGCUGAUGAAAGUCCGCGCAAACAUGCAAAAGGCUCAAAUCCGCAUGCAGCAGCAAGCUAACCGAUGUCGACUCCCAUGUCCUUUCCGCGAGGGAGACCUUGUUUGGGUCCUCGCUGAGGAAUUCGCGCUCGAGCAGGACGUCUUGUGCAAACUCCUCCUGAAAUGGUUUGGACCAUGGAAAGUAACUUCUGCAGCAGGCGACGACCCUACAGGUCCUUCCUUUGUGAUUGCCAUCCCCCCACACCUCCGUGUGCACCCGGUCUUCCAUGCGUCGAAGCUGGCCAUCUACAUGCCACCUUUCGAGGAUGAGUUCCCGGGCCGACGAUCACAAGAUCCGCCGUCUAUGGACGGACACCAGGAAGUUGACCGUGUCAUCAGGCACCGCAAGUUUGGGAACAAGCCAAUGCAGUACCAAGUCACUUUCAAGCAAUGUGACCCUGAUGACACUCGUUGGAUCUCACGCGCAGACUUACAGGCAUCUGCACCACUCAUCUUCUCCGACUACGAGAACCGGAGACUUGCCAAGGACAAAGUUCAGCCGCAAAACGCUGACAUCCUGAAGAAGCUGAUGAUGGAGUAUCUGGUGGUGUUAGUCAGUAGGGGGGUAGUAGGUGAUCAAAGUGUCAAUCGUCGAGAUGCCGAGGACGUCAACGAGUGCGUUGUGGACGCACAAAGGCGUCGGUUUGCUGCUGAAGAACGGACUCAGAGGGAGCACGCUCGUCCUCAGCAAUCUCCUCAGCCGGAGGAGGAAAAAACAGACGUCAAGAACUUGUUAGCCAGCGAGGCUCGCCUCAAGUAUCACACGUUUGAGACCUUUAGCAAGAAGGCUCUAGAUUUGGAGGCCACGCUAGGAGGUGCUCAACAACCCUCUACGGACGGAAGAAAGAAGAAGAGUCCACAAGAGUGGAAGAAGAAAAGAAGCCGAUUGAUGAUGGUUGAUGUCGAUGGCACUCGAACCGAGAUCGACGACUAUUCUGACUUAGUGGGUGGUUCAGAGUUUGACGACGAGGAUAGUGUUGAGGGUAGCAACCUCACUGCUUUGGCUGAACAGAUGAACCGUGUGGUGCAACAUCUGCUGAGGCAUUACAUCAAGCCCAACCAGGAUGACUGGGAUGAGAAGUUACCUCUCAUUGCCAAGCUGUAUAAAAAUGUUGUACAUAGCACCACCAGCGUCAGUCUGAAUCAGCUGCAUUUGGAGUGGAAGCCUACAUCUGCUCUAGACUUCCUCCUGCUUGAAAAUCGAUCCGUUGCAACUCCUGGAACCAUCGAAUUUGGUGUCCGGUACAAGAAGCUGUUGCAGCAGGCUGUCGAAUACAUCAAGAAGUCUCAAGAAGCAAUGAUUGCUUCUGAGAACAAGCAUCGACAACAGUCCACAUUUCAGUGGGGAAAGAUAGAGGAUAAGAGUGUCAGUCAGCGUAAUGCGAAGGGUGACAAUGAGUGCAAUGUGGACGCUCGGAGGCGCCCGUCUGCGGCUGAGGAACGGCUUCAGAGGGAGCGGGCUCGUCCUCAGCAAUCUCCUCAGCCAGAGGAGGAGGAAGAGGGUUAGUCGGCUAAGCAGGGGCAGACAUCUCAGCACAACGAACACGAUCAUAUGCACGCACCAACAUCCUGGCGUGCUGCAAGUGCUCGAGGGGCUCCUAAGUAGCCUCCUGAUCAGGAUAACCCUUCCAACGCAUAAGGUACUUGAUGCGUGGAGGGGUAUCGUCGGUCACUCGGCGAGAUACGAUGUCGGAAACGACGAACUCCUCGUGACCGUCCACCAUGAUAGGUGGAGGGCGCUCAUAUGGGCGUCCAAUGAAGCGCUCGGACUGUC